AUGCCGUCAUCUGCCGCAGCCAUUCUUGCGAAUAGCCCUGGAGGCUCGAGGCUGAAAGCGAACUCGGCUCCUCCCGGAGUUGACGAACUCGAUCAUUACGCAGUGUACAUGCCUGGAUCUUGGAUUCGAUUAUAUAGCGCCGACAGACCAUCAUACAGCCUGGCCCCCCCCGAUACCACCACGAGAGAGACUGUUUCAUCUCCGUUGAAGAGAGGCUAUGAGCGCCCGCCGAUUCAGCCACUUGCCCAGGGCAGAUACUGGUCCGAGAGCAUGCUCCUUAACUAUGAGCGCCGGGAGUUUGGUCUUCGUGGCUUGCUGCCGUCCAACAUUCAGACCCUGGACCAGCAAGUCAAGAGGGCCUACCAGCAAUAUCAGUCGAAACAAACAGAUAUCAAUAAGAACACUUUCAUGACCUCGCUGAAAAUGCAGAACGAACCCUUGUACUACAAGACUCUGCUGAUGCAUCUCAAGGAGAUGCUGCCUGUCAUCUAUACCCCUACUGAAGGGACUGCCAUUGAGAACUACAGUCGCGUGUUCCGACGACCGGAAGGGAUCUUCCUCACGAUCAAUCAACCUGAGGAGAUCGAAGCGAGUCUUGGCCAAGCAGCGUCGCCGGAGGACAUUGACAUCGUUGCGGUCAGUGAUGGCGAGCAGAUUCUCGGGAUCGGCGACCAAGGCGUGGGUGGCAUCCUUAUUUCCAUCGCGAAGCUCGUCCUUUACACCACUUGCGCCGGGAUUCAUCCCAGUCGCACUCUCCCGGUCGUGCUCGAUUGUGGCACUAACAAUCAGAAUUUGCUGAAUGACGAUUUCUAUCUCGGGUACAAGCACCCGCGCGUGCGUGGUGAGCAAUACGACGCCUUUGUCGAUAACUUUGUGCAAGCUGCACGCAAGCGCUUCCCCAAUGCUUUUAUCCACUUCGAGGACUUUGGAGUGCAUAACGCGAGACGUAUCCUCGACAGAUACAUGUCGUCCAUCCCGUGCUUUAACGAUGAUGUGCAAGGAACCGGCUGUGUAACGCUCGCUGCUAUCACCGCCGCCGCUCGGGCGUCAAAAGUCAACGUCGGUGAUCUUCGCUGCCUGAUGUAUGGGGCCGGUACGGCUGGCGUGGGUAUCGCGGAUCAAAUCUCCGACGCUAUUGCAUUGAACAGCGGCAAGUCGAAGGAGGACGCCAAGAAGCAGAUCUACUGCAUCGACAAGGACGGCUUGAUUCUGCAAAGCAUGGAAGGCUCCCUCAACCCUGCACAAAAGGGCUACGCGCGUCCCGACAAGGAGUGGCAAGACACCAACACCAAGUCCCUCCUCGACGUGGUAAAGCAAGUAAAGCCACACGUCUUGAUUGGCACGUCCACGCAACCCAAGGCCUUUACCAAAGAAGUCGUGCAAGAGAUGAGCAAGCAUGUCGACAGACCCAUAAUCUUCCCGCUCUCCAAUCCCACCAGGUUGCACGAGGCGACUCCGAAGGACUUGUUCGAAUGGACUGACGGCCGGGUGCUCACGGCUACCGGUUCGCCUUUCGACCCCGUUGAGACCAAGGACGGCAAGCAGCGUGAAAUCGCCGAGUGCAAUAACUCGGUGGUCUUCCCGGGCAUCGGACUAGGAGCAGUCCUCUCGCGCGCCAAAUUGAUCACGACGGCCAUGCUUGUCGAGGCCACCAAGGCAUUAGCAGACCAGGCGCCGGCUUUGAAGGAUCCGGAUGCGGCGCUGCUCCCGGACGUUGAGGACGUACGGGAGGUUAGUUUGAAGGUUGCGGCUGCUGUAAUUAAGCAGGCCGUGAAGGAAGGCCUUGCACAAGAGAAGGACAUCCCGAACGAAAAAGAGGAUUUGGAGGAGUGGAUCCGCGUACAGAUGUGGAAAGCGGAGUACAGGCCUCUCAAAAAGGUUGCAUAG